CUGGCGUAAUGGACUGUUGAAGGAGUGAGAUGGCGCAGGGAAUGGGACAUGGGACUCCACGACUGCAAACACCAGGUUUCAUCACCAUAAUCGAAAUUGAAAUCUAAUAUAUCUUCACAAAUGAAGCAUCGUGCCGGGUCAUUUUGGAUGUUCUCUUCAUCUUCAUGCAUCAUCCUCAUGACAUUAGUCUCAGUUGAUGAUGAAUCAGAAUGAGACCAUGCUUUCAUCAGAGGAUAGAGAUUCAGGCGCAUCAACCAUGAAUCAAAAUGGGGACAUAAACCGUGCAGAACCGAAAGACAAAUACAGCCUGGUGUUCUGCGCAAGUAUAAUGUGGGGGAUGUCAUUUUUAAUGCCAUGGACCAGUAUAACAAUGGCUGUUGAUUUCUUCCAAAUGACCUAUCCAGGAACGAGCAUAAUGUUUGCUAUAAGUAUCACGUAUGUGGCUGUAGUCUGGUUAGUGACGGCUCUUUCCAGCAUGACAGUCGAACUACUCAACCCGAGACUCAAGACCUUAUUUGGGUUUGUCGUAACUAUAGCUUGCCUGGCCUACCUCGCCAUCGCGGAGGCGUGGAUUCGACCCUUCUCGUUGGAAGUUUCAUAUUACUUGGUGCUGCUAUGUUGUCUGUUUGUGUCCUUUGGAGCAGCAACAAUGCAAUGUAAUAUCUAUGGUAUAGUCAGCAUGUUGCCGAUGAGAUAUACCAUGGGCAUCAUGGUCGGAGAAAGCUUGGCUGGAAUUAUCUCAGUAGCAACGAGAAUAUUUACAAAGGCGGUAAUCGAAAAUGUCCAAAUCAGCACUGUCAUUUUCUUCAGCAGUUCCCUUUUCGUUUCCGUAUUAUGCCUGCUUGCGUUCGAAUUUGCAAUGAAGUCAUCCUUUGUCACUUUUCACAUCGAACAGUGUCGAGUUACAGCAGAAAAGGGAGGAGGCAAGGUUGAUGAACUUGACCUGGAGACGACUAAAUCAAGUGAAUAUGGAUCCAUUGAGCAGGUCAAAGUUAAAAAAGGUGACCUCAUGAGUAGAGCUGCCCCACCAACGAAGGAACCGCUGAUGAUAAGAAUUAAAAAAGCCCUGGACAAUCGUGUGCACAUCGUGCGGAUUAUCUGGCCAUAUAUGCUGGUUUUCUGGCUCAACUAUGUCAUAACCUUGGGCGUCUUCCCCGGCCUCUCAUCAGAGGUCAUCAGCUGCAAAUUAGGGAGUUGGAUGCCCGUGAUUAUGCUGUCUCUCUAUUAUGUUUUUGAUGUUAUAGGCAAGGUUAUCACAAAAUGGCAAUACGACUGGCCAGGUUUUGCCCUUGUUCUGUGUGGGAGUGCCAGGGUCGUCCUGAUUCCUCUGUUCAUCCUGUGUGCCGCACCCAGACUCCACCCAGUGAUAGACGGAGUUGCUCUACCCUUCAUCCUCUCCUGUGUUAACGGAAUAACUAACGGAUACUUUGCAUGUGUUGUCAUCCUCCUCGCUCCAACCAAAGUCUCCGCCGAAAAAAGAGAACUUGUAGGGAACACGAUGGUAUUUGCGCUGACCACGGGCCUUGCAAUAGGCAGCGCAACAGCCUACGGAUACUUGGCCAUUCUCGGACCACUGACUCCGCUCAACAAUCCAUGCCUUCGGAACGUCACACCACCCCUCUGAGCAACAUUUCAAGGUUUUUGCUUAAAUUUGGCAUGUUAAACUACUGCAUCAAUUUUAUCCUCUAUGGCUGUACCGUACCUUUCUAUCGCGAAGAAGCAAAGAGGACGCUGUGCUGUCGAUAUACAAACUAAUGACUCGGAACUAAUUUCAAGGUCUCGGCCGUUCUAGUAGAUUGAUCGGCAACGCACCACGACAGUAACAUGCAGUAACAUGUCAUAGCCAGUUACCUUACAAUCGGCGCAAUAUCACUCGGACCAUUCGUUAUAAUCGGCGAUUUGGCCUUCACUACACAUGGCAAUUUUGGCUGAUUGAUAGGAACUUUCAUAAAAAAGUGAAUUGAGACCUUUAUGUUUAUUUAGAUUUUAUGGUAUCUAAUGAAUUUUAUCGCCGUGCUAUUUUUGGAUGCCGACGAAUUUGGGAAGAUUUAUCGCGGAAGUGGUCCUGCUGGGCAAGAUUUCUUUCUUUUUUUUCUAAACGACCUUUCAGAAGUUAUGAGCCAGAAUACAUCAGCCAGGUGAUCCUACACGUGUUGCAAGUGAUUUAAAGAUGUAUCAUCCUGCAUCCUGAAAUAAGGCUUUUUUGCUCCGCGAGAGGCGGUGUAUAUUGAAAACAACUGGUGCCAAGAUGAAGAUCUAUUGGUUGAUUAAGUUGCCAGAUGACUGCUCGGCACUGCAGAAACAUUUUUCCUCGUUGGUGUAAAACGUGGGGGAUGAGUUUAAAUGAAAUUUUAUGUAAUUUUAUGAGUAUAUAUCACUCGCUGGAAGCUUAGCCCUGCGGGAUACGUUUAUAGUAUUCAUGGUCGUGUUUACUGAUGUGAUUGAUGUCCGGGACCUAGACGUCUUACAUGGUGAGGGACGAUUUGUCUUUCAACUCUUGUAUAAAUUUGGUUGUUUUAAUAAGACUCGGCAAUCAUUAGCGUGUGCUUGAAAGAAAGAAAUAGGAGCCCGAAAUUGAUGAGUCCUUUGUUCGAAUCUUUAUGAUCAGGUCUAAGUUAGAAUAUGAAUCUUAAGCAUCUCAUAGUAGAAUUCAUACAUCAGUAAUUUAGCCAGUUUCAAGACUGAAGCACUUAUUGAUUUGUUGAAUUUCAUGGUUGUUUUCCUCAUCCUAAUAGCAGCAAAAAUGUUCGUCAAAUAUGCAAAUUGAUGAAAACCUGGGAUUGGCCAUGAUACUCUUGGCU